UUUUUUUUUGACGCGUUUCUUUUUUAUUAUUAUUAUUAUGGAAGACGACGAACUUCAAGCUAUUAGAGCUAGACGUUUAGCAGAAUUACAAGCCAAAGGUGGUUCAUCACAGAGUGCUGGAUUAGGCGGUGCUGGUUUUGGUGCUCCUGCUGGUGCUAAUGCUAGUGAAGAUGCUGAAAAGAAAGGUCAAAUGGAAGAAAUGCGUCGUAAUAUGUUGUAUCAAAUUUUGGAUAACUCUGCUCGUGAACGAUUGGGUCGUAUUCAAAUGGUAAAGGCUGAAAAGGCCCGUGCUGUUGAAGAUCUCUUGAUUCGCAUGGCACAAUCAAACCAGUUGAGAAGUAAAGUGACUGAAAAGCAAUUGAUUGAUCUUUUGGGUCAAUUAAACCAACAAGAUUCCAGUUCAAACCAAACCCGUAUUGUGUAUAAUCGCAGACAAUAUGAUGAUUCGGACGAUGAUUAUGAUUUGUAACACAAACCAAGAGAUUCACUUGGCAUUUUUCUUGAAAAUAAAAUUUUCUUUUCUUUAUG